UCGAAGACCAAGACCAAGAGCCUUUCUUCCAUGGGGCUCCAAGCCUCGAACCAAUCAAAAAGACACACGAGUCUGGACGGAACCACGAAGAGGUACUAAUAGCCGAUUUCGUGUGCCACUAAUUGGCAUUUUGCGAGACCCAGAUGGUCACGGUCAAGCACGGCUCUUCCUUACCACGUGCCGCCAUGUCCCUCUCAUCGGCCACCCAAUGCCCAACCUUCCGAGAAGACUCCCAGGGGCUCUCGAGACCUUACAAACGCAGGCGCGCGCGGACGCCAAGCAAGAAACCACUUGCCAACCAGCAGCUUCGCCUUCCCUGACUUCGUUAGCCAUGGCUCUCUUGUUACGCCACCGUCUGCCGCCGCCGUUGCCGCUUCUCCUUGUCAUCUUGGUCGCCGCUUCGCAUGGCACUCCUUCCAGCGGGGACAACUACGACCCCCCCAUGUGCCUGCGGCAACCUCAACACUGCGGCAACGUCAACAUCAGAUACCCCUUCUAUCUUUACAACGAGACGGGGGUUCUCCUGGGUAAAAGCAGCUCGUACUGCGGCUACCCUGACUUGGGGAUCAUGUGCAGCGAGGACGACGAGCAGGCCAUCCUGCAACUCGGCGGCCACAACUACACAGUCUCGGACAUCAACUACAUAGACCUCACCGUCUCCGUUGUUGAUCAGGAGGUCCGGGAUCAGGAGGCCUGCCCAAGAGUUGAUCACAACGUGUCACUCCCGCUGGGGCUAUCCUACGCUUACAACACCGUCGAUUACCUCUUCUUAUUCCUCAACUGCUCCUUCAACCCCGCGGUCGCAAAGUCGUAUAACAUCAACCCAAUCAGGUGCGAAAUCUUUGGCGGGCCGACGACGGGACUGUCGUUUGUGCUGUGGCAGAGCGACGUGCCGCUGGGGGACUGGUGGCAGGCGUGCCAACAAGUCUUCGAAGCGCCUGUACUCAAACAUGACCUCCCAAUCCCAGGUGUUCUUGAAUGGACGACCGGUGGAUAUGGCAGCUAUCUUCGUGGCGGUUUCCAGUUGGCGUGGAACCAAAAGCCUCCUGAGUGUAACCAGUGCGAGCAAUCGAACGGGCAGUGCGGCUACAACCAAGCGGGGGAAUUCGUAGGCUGCUUGUGCUCCAGCAGUCGAGCGGAACCUCACACUUGCAGUUCAGGGCAUAAGAAGAGAACUAUAAUAUAUAUUGCUGCAAGCUUAUCGUGCCUUCUACUGCUGUGUCUACUUAUCCCUGUGUUCUUCUUGACUCGCAAAUAUGGUUUGCUGCUCUUUAAAUCGAAAGACGAAACAAGGAUCAAGUCCUUUCUACAAAAGAAUGAGAACCUACAUCCCAAAAGAUAUACUUAUGCAGAAGUAAAAAGGAUGACUAAAUCUUUUGCUGUAAAGCUAGGCCAAGGUGGAUUUGGUGUUGUAUACAAAGGCAACCUCUAUGAUGGCCGCCAGGUAGCAGUCAAGAUGCUAAAGGACUCUAAGGGUGAUGGGGAGUUCAUGAAUGAGGUGGCUAGCAUUAGCAGAACUUCUCAUGUCAACGUUGUUACACUUUUAGGAUUUUGCUUGCAAGGAUCCAAAAGGGCUCUUAUCUAUGAAUACAUGCCUAAUGGUUCACUUGAACGGUAUGCCUUCAACAACAGCCUUAAAGGUGAAAAUACACUAACUUGGGACAAAUUAUUUGACAUAGCAAUUGGCAUUGCUCGAGGACUUGAAUAUCUCCACCGAGGAUGCAAUACUCGCAUCGUGCAUUUUGACAUCAAACCCCACAACAUUCUGUUAGAUCAUGAUUUAUGUCCUAAGAUAUCCGAUUUUGGACUGGCCAAGCUAUGCCUGAAUAAAGAGAGUGGCAUCUCCAUGGUUGGUGCAAGGGGAACAAUAGGCUAUAUCGCCCCUGAGGUCUAUUCAAAGCAAUUUGGAACAAUAAGUAGCAAGUCUGAUGUCUACAGUUACGGAAUGAUGGUCCUUGAGAUGGUUGGGGCAAGAGACAAGAAUAUCAAUGCAAAUAGUGAAUCUAGUAGCCAAUAUUUCCCACAAUGGAUUUAUGAACAUUUGGAUGACUAUUGUAUCAGUGCUUCUGAGAUUAAUGGUGAGACCACAGAGCUCGUGAGAAAGAUGAUAGUAGUUGGGUUGUGGUGUAUACAAGUAAUUUCAACUGAUCGGCCAACAAUGACUAGAGUUGUCGAGAUGCUAGAAGGCAACACAAGUAAUCUGGAAUUACCACGAAAACCGCUCUUGAGUUGAUAAGGAUCUAUAUUUUCCUAUUAAAAGGUAACUCGUUCCAGUGAUGCAUAACUGCAAACAUUUAUGUAGUUCACAAACUUUAAAGGCAUGCAAAAAUUGAUGAUGUUGGUCUGUAAACGCUAAACAACCACGAAAUUAGGGAUUGUUUAGUGUUUACUAGUGUUGCUAAUAUAAUGUUGAAUGAUUGUAUCAUUUGGAUC